AUGAAACUUUUGUACAUCAUAUUUAUUCUUUCCAUUCUACAAGACGAAUUAAUUAUUAAAGUAGAAUUGCAUACUGUAACGUUGUCAAGUGAUUAUUCUACGGGAAAUUGUAGUAAAAUCAUUAGUUUUAUAGAAACAUCUGAAGUUCCAUACUUGGAAACAUUUAAGGAAAAAACGUGGGGUAUUUUUUAUAAAACCCGCGUUCGAUGGAAUUAUAAAAUUGAGUCUCGCAGAUCAUGGCGCAUAGAAUACGAGUGUUGUGAUGGAUUUGAACGUAAACAUUUUUGGGACGCUUCGAGAAAAGUAUAUACAAAAUGUGAACCAAUUUGUCAGCCUCCUUGCGGAAAUGGUAUAUGCACGAAGCCAAACUUAUGCAUCUGCAAUUAUGGAUACAUUUUUAUAUACUCUGAAACUCCAGAGUCUGACGUUGGCUGUGUUCCUGUGUGUACUUCCCCUUGUGUACACGGCAAAUGUGUCUUACCCGACAUUUGCAUGUGCGAUUCUGGAUACAAACUGACAAACGAUCAUUACAUCUGCGAACCCAUUUGCAAUGUACCUUGUCCUACAGGAUCAUAUUGCUAUAAACCCGACCAAUGUCUCUGUCUGGACGGAUAUAAAAACAUUUCCAGUGACGUCAAAUUAACUAAUAUGUGCGAACCUAUUUGUGAAAGAGAGUGUGUUUACGGGAAGUGUACAGCCCCCAAUAUCUGCACUUGCGAUGAUGGUUACGAACCUGAUACACACGACUUAUUUGCCUGCAAGCCCACGUGCAAGAAUGGUUGUCUGUAUGGCGAGUGCACCGCUCCUAAUGUAUGUACCUGUAAUAAGGGUUAUUCAUUAAAUACCUCGAGCGUUUGCGAACCAAUCUGCAGUGAAGCUUGCGUUAUGGGCAUUUGCGUGGCUCCUGAAAGUUGUAACUGCUUCGUGGGCUACGGACUGUUUGAAAAUUCAAAGUAUAUCUGCGAACCAGUCUGUGAAAAGGCUUGCCUCAAUGGACGAUGCACUGCGCCUGGCAUAUGCAUGUGUAACGAAGGAUUCCAAUUAAGUGGCGACGAAUCAGAAGAACACAUUUGUAAGCCUUAUUGCGAAACUUCUUGCGAGCCAUUUGGCGUUUGCACUGCGCCGAAUGUUUGCUCCUGUUUUGAAGGAUAUCACCUGGCUAAUAAGAUGCAAAUUGAGAAAAUCAAUUUGCUACAUUUUGCGAGCAGUUCGGUUUGCGAGCCGAUCUGCGAGAUAGACUGCAUAAAUGGAUUCUGUAGCGCUCCGUGGACGUGUAGUUGCAACAUCGGCUAUCAUCCAACAUCGACGAUUCCUAUGUCAAAUUCCUAUGUCUGUCAACCUACAUGUAGCCAGAAAUGCUUCAACGGCUUCUGUACCGCACCUGAGACUUGCAUGUGCAAUUCGGGCUAUCGUCGUUCCAAUUCUUGGAAUGAAUGCGAACCGAUCUGCGAGACUGAUUGCAUCAAUGGAUAUUGCACUGCGCCAAACGAAUGCACCUGCAAUUCCGGCUAUCAACCUACCGAAGGAAAUCGUACAAGCCUUUGCGAACCUAUUUGCAAUCCAAAUUGCAAGAACGGUAUCUGCGUACAACCCGACGUAUGCAGUUGCAACCCGGGCUAUCGUCUGUCGAUAAAUUCUAAGACAGUAUGCGACCCUAUCUGUCAACCGACUUGCGGAAUAAACGGAAUUUGCGAAGCACCCGAUCUCUGUAUUUGCAAGGACGGUUAUCGCAUGAUUUAUUACGACAAAAAAAACGUUCCGUUCAAAUGUGAGCCGAUUUGUAGCGUUGAAUGUGGCAAUGGCACAUGCACGGCGCCGGAUCUCUGUAUAUGUUUCGAUGGCUAUCGAAACGCAGAAGUUGGCGGAUGCGAGCCCGUCUGCUCGACUUGUAACAACGGCAGGUGCGUUGCGCCCGAGAUUUGCGAAUGCGACUACGGAUUUGUUCCUGCGGAUCCGAAUUUCGAAUUUGAAGUAAAAGACUUUCGAUCUUCGAUUGUCUCCGAAAAUAGAACGAAAAACGGAAGUAGAUGCCUGCCGCAUUGUGAGAAUUGUGAUAAUGGCGAGUGUGAGACACCAGGAGAGUGUCGAUGUUAUGCUGGUUUCGUGAAGAUCGAAGGUACCUGCGUACACGCAUGUCAGGGUGGUUGCGGUACUCACGGCGAGUGCGUCGAGGAACGCAAAACUUGCGAAUGCGAUUAUGGAUGGGCUGGAUUACACUGCGAUCGCCCAACAUUGUGUGUCUUAAUCUUGAAGAAUGAAGAUAAUCGAACUGAGCAAUUGAGAAUUAUAAAAGAAAAAAAUGCUACGAUUGAGCAUAUAUUUAAAAAUAACCCAGCUUGUUCCGAGUGCAUUGGUAAAGUAAACAAUGAAACUUUGUGUUUUAAGAUAUUUGACAAUGAAACAGAGGAUGAGGCGGAAAUUGGUUGCUUAAUGAAUGAAGGUUUUCAGAAAAUACCAGUUUACAUUCCCUAUAAGGAAACAUAUAGAUCGUCAGAACAAAAUAUGUCUGAAAAGAUUCGAGAUAAUUUUAGGAUAGAGUUUCGCACUACACGGACAUGUAGCUGUGAAGGCUACGUUAUAUCCGGUAUGGACCGGUGCGUACCGCGUUGCCCGCAAUCUUGCAAGAAAGGUACCUGCAAGGAGCCAGACGUGUGCACUUGCAACGUAGGAUAUCACUUGUCAAGCGACGAUAAGCGAUGCAUGCCAAAGUGCACGAACGGCUGCAUUAACGGCACCUGCAUUGAUCCUGAGGUUUGCAGUUGCAACGAAGGCUACUGGUUGGACUCGGACGGAUUUACCUGUCGGCCCGUCUGCAAUGCAGAAUGUGAGCAAAAUCACGGAUAUUGCUCCGAGCCGAACGUGUGCAUCUGCAACAAAGGGUACCGCAUGUCAAACGACAGUAAAUGUAUGCCAGAGUGUAAAAACGGCUGCAUCAACGGCACUUGUAUUCUACCCAAGAUUUGCACUUGCAACGAGGGCUACAGAUUGGACUUGGACGGAUUUACCUGUCGACCCUUCUGCAACAUGGAAUGCGAGAACGGAUACUGCUCUGAGCCGAAUGUGUGUACAUGCAGUUCCGGUUACAGAAGAGUCGGUAACGACUCAUCUCCGUUCAUGUGCGAGCCUACUUGCAAUUCCGAUUGCGAGCGCAAAAAAAGUAGUUGCCUAACUCCUGACUGUGUCAAAAUAAAUUGUGAUCCCGGCUACGAACUGGACAUGAAUCACUUUCCACACCGUUGCAAACCGAAGUGCCAUCCUUGCAUUUUCGGGACGUGCACGGCACCAGGGACAUGCACGUGCGACCAUGGUUAUACAGCAGUGAACGCAAGUGUUUGCGAGCCGAUCUGCGAGCUGAACUGCGGAACCGGCAUAUGCACUAAACCCGGAUUAUGCACUUGCGAUUUUGGAUACGUUUUUGAUGAAACGAAUAGAACGUGCAAGCCAUACUGCUCGAUACCCUGCGGAUUAAACAAAGAAUGCGUAGCGCCAAAUGAAUGCAAAUGCUCCAAAGGAUAUCACAAAAAAGAUAUCAUAUUUACUUUCGAUCGUUCAAACAUUUGGAAUUAUCCUUUUUUCAGAAAUGAAUUUUCUCUAAGAAGACCGUUUUUCAAGAAGGCAAGUAUAGCUCUCGUGUCUUACUGUACACCAAUUUGCAACUUCGAAUGCAUCAAUGGUAAGUGCACCGCACCAAAUGUAUGCACUUGCGACAAGAAUUUUUAUCCACGGUGGAUCGACAAUCAUCCUCCUCUACCUGAUAAUUCGCAUGUACUACGCAUUUGUGAUCGUCUCCCCGGACCUCCCUGUAAUGAGUCCUCGUGCGGGGUUAAGGGGACAUGCCAUGAAUCCGGCAUUUGCAUUUGCAAUGACGGUUACGUGAGGGACACGAAUGGUGAUUGCGUACCCUUUUGCACCCCAACGUGUUCCAACGGCACAUGUACGGCGCCAAAUCGCUGCGAGUGCCACGACGGCUUCGCGUCACGAAACGAGAGCUUCUGCGAGCCAAUUUGCGAAAGAGGUUGCAAGAACGGCGACUGUAUAGGUCCAAAUGAGUGCAUUUGUCACGACGAUUUCAUAUCGAACUUGAACCAUCACUUAGGACCAGAAUGCAUCCCUGAAUGUACUCGCAACUGUAGCGAACGCGGCAACUGUGUCGUCGACCACAUUGACAAUAUUAACAUCACCUACAAAUGCACAUGUCAUCGCGGAUGGACAGGGCAGGACUGUGAUCAACCGACCAUGUGCAUGAUGGUUAUGCUUGACAAUUACGAAGAUCUCAACAGUACCACGAUUCGUAAUGAUAGUGCAAUCAAUGUACCAUUCUUCGAGGACAUGCCAUAUUGUGAAUGCGAUAAGUCUAUUGACAACGAAACAUUAUGCUUUAGGCAAUAUGAAGGCAAUACGUCAUUUAUUAGCUGCUUGUUUAAUAAAGAUUUGCCUUGUUACACGACAUCUCAUUAUAAUGCCUCCAUUAAUGGUGCCAAAAUAGUUUGGUCUUUCGUGAUAGUCACUAUAUUAAUAGCCACAGGUUUAACAGCAGCAGCAUAUUUUAUAUAUCGCAAACGCCAAAAGGAAAAAUUCGCAGGUCCGUCGGUUCACGUCUUUGUGCGAGAAUCUUUCAGCACCGAAAUUUUGUUGCAAUAA